UGCCUCAAAGCCCAAAUCAUCAAAGCAAAUCGAUCAGUUCUCCCGCUUAUGUUGCGGCGCUUGACACUGACGGAAUUUUUGCCAGCACUGUUUUCCGUCAUUCAUCAACCCCCGUCAAUUUCUGGGCGGAGUUUACCAAAACCUGAGCGCCGUGCACCGACAGGUGAGCGAGCCUGGCUGGGACAGCUUUUGAUGGCCAUCGUGGUCCGAGCACUUGUGUGGCAGCAACGCUCAGCCGCGGGAAGUGAACCUCGUCCGUCCCUACCUCACGGAUGAUCUCCCCGCCACCUCUCCCGUUUCGCCCUCGUUGCGUGCCGUGACCAGGUGUAAAGGACAUGGAGUUCUUAAAAAACAUCUUUAAACAAUGCCGCUAGGUGGGACAGGGAGGCUGACGUCAAGAGGAGCUCCCUCCCUCCCUACACCUGGCCGAAUGAACGAGUCCUGAGGCAUCGUCUGGGGCUCCGAAUCGCCGGGUCAUCUCACUUCGGGGGGGUGGGGGGGAGUUGGGUGGGCGCCAAAUACAUCGGGUUGGACUGAUGCACUGUGACCCAAGCUAAAACACAACCUGUGCAUGAAUGAAAGUUACGGCACUAGCAGUGCGAAAGUCACCGUCUCUCACACGGUCUUUACCUCAUCGAAGGAAGGAGAGAGGGGGCUUGAUCCGAGCUUGCUUGAUUAGAUAUUUUUGCAUGUUGUGUGUCUGUACUUUCGUGUUUCCAUUUCCGGAUGGAAGAGGAGCCGAGACUGCGCGCUCUCUUCCACGCCUGCGACGUGAAUAAUUCCGGGCGCAUCGAGUAUGAUGAAUUUUUCACGGUCUGCCUGGAGCUACAAGUACGGGAGUCCGAGAUCGACGCUAUCUUCGACAAGCUCGACUCUAACAGAGACGGUUGUAUCAACUUCCGCGAGUUCGCCGAAGGCUUUCAAGAAGUUUCCGAGAUGAUUAACUUUGAGGCUUUGAGCGUCGAGCCCGACUGGGACGAAUUCCAGCAGAGACUGGGCGAAGAAGCCAGGUUCAUCCCAAGACCCCAGCAAGUUGCUGCCCUUUACCAAAACCUAAAAACAGCAGAGCCCAGGCUGAUUCGUCAAUAUGAGUGUGUGAUCAAGAACUUUGUUCGAGAUGUUAUGUUGCAGAAUGCAGAGCUGGAGAAACUAGCAUGCACUGUGAAAAGGACACAGGAUGAGGCUGCACAACAGCUGAGUGAGCUUGAGGAGGAUAUUGAUCAGCAAAUAAAGACAGCUGUUGAGGAGUGCCAAAAAGAGGAACAAAGAAAAGCAGAAUUGGCUCUCAUUAGGCUACAGCAACAAUAUGAUGCUAAUAUAAAUGAACUUCAGCUAACAAUUACAAAACUGAAAAAGUUAGAAGAACAAUACAGAUCUGUUAGUCCAAAAGAUGAAAGCAUUGCAUUAAAAAGAAAAAUAAAUGAUUUCACCCUAGAAAAUGAUAAAUUGAGGAAAGACCUACUUGAAGCACAAACAGAAAUAAUGUUGUUACAGAGUGAAGUGGAUACUCUGAAAAGUGAUUAUAUGAAUCAGAGUUUGAAUUUAGAAAGGGAUCAUGAUGUGGUCAGAGAGUAUACAGAGGAUAGAGACAGCCUAACACGACAAAUUGAAAUGCUUCAAUCGGCUAAUCGAAAACUACAUGAUAGUAAUGAUGGCCUACGAUCUGCUCUUGAAAGCAGUUUAAGCAAGUAUAAUAGAUCUUUGCGUGCUGCAAGUUCCUCACCAGGAUCUGCUGUAUUAAGAAGUAGCCCAAAACACAAUGAGUGCUGCUCUCCUCAGUUAUAUGAUAGAUCGUCCAGAUCCUCUUACCAAGGUGAAGACUACGAGUCACUGGCUGUGUGUGAUCCCAUGCGCAGAGCCAGCUAUGAAGUUGAAAGCCUAACUGAAAGCUGCUUCGAUAGUGGCAUGUCCACCAUGAGGGAUUCAAAUGAGUAUGAUUCAGAGGCUGAAUAUAAGCAUCAAAGAAGUUUUGAAAGGUCACAGUAUACACAAGAAGCUUUUGGAUGUGAUGCCUCUGACACAGAUGUUCCUGAAAUCCAUGAUGAAGAAGCUUUCAGCCAAGACAGUCUGAAUACUGUUUUGGAGUGGCAAUCAUCUCAAGCAGCGAACUGGAACAAAUCUGGAGCUGAUUCAUCACAGCACUGUUCUGCCUCUUCUCUACAGGUCCCUGAAAUUCAUAAUGAAGCUUAUAGCCAGGAAGAUGCAAACAUGGACUUGGAGUGGGACUCCUGCCACACAGUGAGCCGGAGCAAUUCUGGAGCCUCUUCUGCACGGCGCUGUAUCUCUGCCUUUUCAUCGCAACCUAAUAUCACAGCUGGGAAUUUCAAAGUUCCCCCAUCUGGCAAAGCCUUCAAGAUAGUGCUGGCUGGGGAUACAGCUGUAGGCAAAUCGAGCUUCCUUCUACGACUCUGCAAAAAUGAGUUCCGUGGGAACACCAGUGCCACCUUGGGAGUUGACUUUCAGAUGAAAACUUUGGUUGUGGAUGGAGAGCAAACAAUAUUGCAGUUGUGGGACACUGCAGGCCAAGAAAGAUUUCGGAGUAUUGCCAAGUCUUACUUUAGACGUGCGGAUGGUGUUCUAUUGCUAUAUGAUGUCACCUGUGAGAAAAGUUUCCUCAAUGUACGUGAAUGGGUUGACAUGAUUGAGGAUUCAACCAAUGAAACCAUACCCAUUAUGUUGGUGGGGAACAAGGUGGACCUGAGAAACAGAGCAAUGCAAGAGGGGCAAAAGUCCAUCCCCACCAAUUAUGGGGAGAAAUUGGCAAUGACCUACAAUGUGCUGUUCUGCGAAACAAGUGCCAGGGAAGGUUCGAAUAUUAUCGAAGCAGUCCUUCACCUUGCUAGGGAAGUGAGGAAAAGAGGUGACAGAAUGGAUAUGGACUCUGUAACUAGUUUGUCCAACACACAGCUGAACAAGAAGCCACCUAUGAAAAACUGCUGCACUGCUUAAAAACUAUGAAGAGUCACUAUGAUUGAAGUGCACAAUACUUUGCAUGUUUGCAUUUAUUUUGUAAUCAAGAUACAUUAUUUAGCACUUUUAGGAAUUUUGAAAUAUGAAUGUUAUAAAAUGAAGUUGAAAUAUAGAGUUGAACAAAUGAAGAGACCAGCUGAAGAGCAAGAUUAAAUGAGAAUUAGAAAUAAAAUGCAGUUAACUAUGUUUGUACAGCAAGGAGUGAGAUCAUUCUGCCUCCCUGGCCAAUGUAUGAGCCAAUAAUAUGACUGUUUCAAAAGUAAUGAUUUCCAUAAUUAUUUGUAUAUAGUGGUCUUAUUUACAUUUCAAGUUUAAAGAUUUGAAUAAUAUUGCUACUUGAGGUUAUUUUGACUCCUGUUACCUCCGUCCAUCUAUUUAUUCUGUUGAAAAACUAAUGCAAACUCGGGCUUUGUGGAGCAUUUUACAGCACUUAAUGUAAAUAAAAUUAUUUUUGUGACAUAGAAUAAAUAUUAAGCUGUUAUGUGAAAGUAUAUUAAACGAUGCAUUGCAUUUCAGCAGUC